AUAGCAACAGCUGAGUCAGUCUCUCCUGUUAGCUGCAGAGCCUGCCUCACAGCGGCUCUCCAAAAGCAAAAAGCUGAUCACUGCUGAUUAAAUGCAUCUUUCAGCUUUAGCUGGGUGUAUCAAGCCCAGCUGUAAGGGUCAGUGAGUGUGUGGAAUCCUGGGGCAAACGCAGUGAUAAACAAAUGGGUAACGUCCCCACUGCUGUGAAGCACUGCCUGAGCUACCAGAAUCUCAACAGGGACUAUUCCUGGCUUGCACAUUCACUGCAGGAAGAGAAGAAAAUUGCCAUAAAUGGACUGCCUACGUUUGUUAAAAUCGUGGAGGUUGGACCAAGAGAUGGCCUACAGAAUGAAAAGGAAAUUGUUCCAACAAAAGUCAAAAUUGAACUGAUAGAUAUGCUCUCGGAAGCCGGUCUACCAGUUAUUGAAGCCACUAGCUUUGUGUCAUCAAAGUGGGUCCCACAGAUGGCAGAUCAGACAGAAGUCCUACAAGGAAUAAAGAAGUUAUCUCAUAUUAAAUAUCCAGUUCUCACUCCUAAUAUACAAGGCUUUCAGGCAGCUGUUGCGGCCGGGGCUACAGAAGUGGCUGUGUUUGGGUCUGCCUCUGAAACCUUCAGCAUGAAGAAUAUUAACUGCUCUGUUGAAGAAAGCAUGCACAAAUUUAGCGACAUAGUCAGAUCAGCAGAAGAGGCAAAGAUACCAGUCCGAGGAUAUGUGUCCUGUGCACUAGGAUGCCCCUUUGAAGGAUACAUACAACCAGCUAAAGUAACAGAGGUGGCUAAACGUAUGUACAACCUGGGCUGCUGUGAGAUUUCCCUGGGAGACACCACUGGAGGGGGUACGCCGGGGGAAAUGGCCAAGAUGCUGGAGUGCGUCCUGAAGGAAAUCCCAAGCCGGGCCCUGGCGGUUCACUGUCACGACACCUACGGGCAAGCCCUCGCCAACAUCCUGACAGCUUUACAGAUGGGGAUUUCUGUGGUGGACUCCUCAGUGGCUGGUCUAGGGGGUUGCCCCUAUGCUGAAGGAGCCUCAGGAAAUGUGUCUACUGAGGAUGUCCUAUAUAUGCUCAAUGGCUUAGGUAUUGAUACGGGAGUGGAUCUUGACAGAGUGAUGGAAGCUGGGGACUUCAUCUGCAAAGCCUUAAACCGGAAGACAAGCUCCAAAGUUGCUCAAGCCAUCUACAAGCCCUAGGUUUUAAACUGUUGUUUCCUAUCGAACAGGAAGAAAAUAUGCCAUCAUGCGCUCCUCUGUGUUAUCUGUUCACCUGCGCUUUGAUAUGUACUGUAUAUUUUGCACUGUUACCUAUCUAUGCUGCAGGAAAAAGAUACAACCUUGUAAUAUAAAGCACUGCAGAGCCGAAGUACAUACUGUAUAUAUUAAUGCUGAUAACCAUUUUAAAACCAACGAUUGUGAUCGUUGCAAUUUCUAAUCAUACAUUUGUGUGGAUUUUGGAUGUGUAGUCUACUGAUGAAAUGAGAAGGGAAAUCAUUCCACACUUGUGAAAGCAAUUCCUUUGAGUUGGUGUUUCCCGAACUCCAUGGUCAUUCAUUUCCUGCUAGAAAUAGUUGUAAUUGGAUUCAGAUUGGAGUCCUAGGUAGGUCAUGGGGGCCACCACACUCGAGAAACCAGCAAAGCUGAUCAUUAUCAUCAGGAAAAUAUAUUUUCAUUUCCUGAAUUCUUUCCAGGCAGAUGGUUCCAAGCACCACCAUGUUGUACAUAUCUAUAACUUUACUUUUUCCAGUUUAAGUCCCUCAGAAAUGUUAAUGUCUCCCUUCUGCCAAACACUGAACCUUUACCUUUAAUGCUAAAAACAAGUGACACUUUUCCUCAUCAUAGGAUUGCAGAAAUGAUGGUAUUUUCUUUAGUAACACCACAUCUUCACAUGAAAUGCUUGACAUUUUCCUAUAUACUGUAAGUUAGUGGAAACUAUUUUUCAUUCAAUAACUUCGUUCAUUUAAUGUUAUUCAUGCAAUGACUAAUUACUUAGUCAAAGAGAAAUUAUGCAGCACAUCCUAAUAUCUACCUGAAACAGUAGAAGUUUUUGGAAAUAGUGAAUAAAAGGGCUUUCGAAACUUUUAUGCCCCAAUCACUAUCACAUGAGCCACUGUCCUUCUCCAGCAGUGUUGAGAUAUUAACUGUAUUUAUUAUCUCAAUAUAACUGUCCACCUGCUCCACUGGGGAGAAUUGUCAUCUACAUCCAUUCUGAAAUUCAUUCUGAGUAUUUAGAGUUUUAUCCAAAACAGUUAAUUCAAGAGCUUUGAUUUCCCUUAAUUUUGUUCUCAAUUAUGAAAUUCUUUUUGGUUGCUUGCAAUGAUUCCUCGUGCCUGAUGUCCAAA